AUGAAAAAAGACGAGGUUCUUUCAACCAUGCCUCUACUUACAGUCAACCCAUCAGAGCUUGAAAAUAAGAAGCUCACAGUAGAGAAAGCAAUGAGGUACUUACAAUGUUUUGUACAUUCACAAACAGGUGCACUAUAAUAGCUCUGCCAAUGUCAGGGACACUGGUUACUACAGCACAAAAAAACAAACAAGUGACAGCCAAUUUGGUCUUAACAAAUAAAAAUACUUUUUUAAGGAUGAAAAUAAAUGAAUGCAUCACAUCCAACAAUGGUCAUGUAUGGUAUUUCAACCCAUUCCAACCAAUUGCAUUUUGCCAUCUUUGCCUACAUGAAACCACACAUAAAAAAUCUGAAACAAGAUUCCAAUAAAUUUAUCCAAAUAGAAUCAAUGACUACUCUAAAUACUAUAUAAAUCAUAUACAAUUCCCUUUUUUUAAAAAGCAUUCAAAACAGGAAGCUCUCUGCAGACUCUCAGGCAGCAUAGACAACAUAGUGGUCUCGAGUGCCAAGUGACUAAUUCGGCUAAGGUUGCCUGAAUAAAUGAAUUAAUUCACCACAGACUACUAAUUAAGCUUUAAACACUCUUCUCGUUUGAUAAAGCCAAAUUUUUGUGUAUAAUAUUCAGUACUUACAGUAACAUUUUUCAAUCAAGUAGUUGCAAAUGAUUGAAGAGCUGUAACGCUUAUCUCUCUGUGAGAGAGGGACUAACAAUUUUUUUUAAAUUAUCUGAUAGGUAAAUUAAAUAACAUGUACAGUUAUAUUGUAACAAAUUUAUGCAAAUCAAAAAAAAUAGAAAUGGUAAAGCGCUGGUUGAAUUUUCAUGUAGUUGCAGCAAUCAGUGAGUCUUGUUUGUUAUCUUUUCUACCAGGAUCUUCUCCAGAGUACUAGUAAUCCCUUUUGAAGAGAUAACUUUGGGAGAUACGUUAGUAGAGAGGAUGAAACUCAAACAGAGCCUUGAGGCAAAAAUGGAACAAUCCAUCAACAGCUGUGGGGUUUUGCUAAAACUUCACAACAUAUUUGAUGGCCUUAUAGAAGAUGAAGUGUCGAAAGACAUUGAAGAGAUCAUUCCUAAAGAGAUGGACAGUCGUUCCCAGGAGAAUUACUUUCUCCUUAUCUUUACAGUUUGCAAGGUAAAAUAAUGUUCAUUGUACUGAGACACUUAGGGUCUGUUUACAUGGACGUAGAGGACCCCAGGAAGGUGAGCAGAGGUAACCUGCCUGCCGUCAUAACUACUCAUAUGAAUAUAAUGGCGUUUACAUUAUAGGUGAGGUGACCCUAGCUCCAUGGUUUGCCUUGCCUACCUGGGGCCCCCUGCCAUUAUGUAAACAGACCCUUUGAUACAAAUACAGAUGAUUGGGUUUUAAUAACUACACUUCCAAAUAAUUUCUAUGUUUUUUUCUGUUAUUAAUGUUUCUGUCUUUUUGGGUAUGGUAAUGUGCACGUAUGAAGUUGAAACAAAUGAAAAAUAAAAAUUACCCGGGAUAAAAAAAUAUCUAAAACAUAAAUAUGUACAUAGUUACGUAUCACAUUAUUUUUAGUGGUGUGUUCCCCGUACGAAACUGGCAGCGCUGUACAGCGCCACAAAAUCGCUUCAAAAUAGCUGUACAGCUAAAUUACAGCUGUUUAGCAGCGUUUUAGAAGCCAAACAGCAGCUUAAUUCAAGUUGCAGCGGGAUGCAAAAGCGCUGUGCAGCCUUUGAAGCUCUUGGCAGCGGUUUUGCAGCGCAGUUGCCGACUUUCAAAAGCUGCGAAGUAGCUGCAGUAACGCUACAAUUCAGCUGCGCUCGAUCUGAUAGCACAACGUUCUUGAGAUAACAUGAAUCGCCAGAAAAGCCUUGCCACAGAUUACGGCUUUUAUAACGAGAAAACUUUGACUGUACCUCUAAGAAAUGUGAGUAAGCUUGUGCGCAAGGAAGAUCACUUGUUGAAUAAACCUUCAAAUUCUAUGCUUUCAAUAAAUUUCAUUCCGUGACUGGCGAGUGUGGGAAUGUUAUCGUUAAUUCCUGGUGACAUUCUAGGCUGUAAUCUAAUUGGUCGGAGAUCCCACUUUUGCAUUUACAUCUCUAGACAAACAUUUGUGACCGUUGAAUGAAAGGCGCAAACAUUCAUACAAAUUUGUAAGUGUUUUGCAUCUAGUUCUGUUUCGAGAUGGAAGUUCUGUUGAUGUUUUGGAUGGAACAGCUCAAAGGUAUUUGUAAACAACGGCAAUGUACGGUGAAUUCUACGCGAAGUGCCGACGAAUCGAACCGGAGCAAGCAACACAGAUGCCAGAAUCUUCGCUGGGGUACGAAUGCAUUUACAAGAUUCAAACGUUCACCGAUAAUGUACGUUCCUUAGUCCAUUGUAAAUUUAACGAGGACCAAAGUAAGAUUUGGUUGAUUUCUUUCACGAAAAGUGUAGCAGAUCGUCGAUCAUGGACAAAACGUUAAGGUGAGCGAUGUCAGGCUUAACGUGUUGCAACGAAUCAAAAUAUCAUUUGGCUGUUGUCCGGUGUAAACUUUAUGUAGAACAGUCGCUGUUAUUCUCUUUAUUUUUAAAAAAAGAUAAACUUCAAUGUCUGCAUGUUAAUGGCAGUUCUUACAUUUAGAUGAGUGACCAUGACUGCUCAAUAUUUACAAAGCGAGACUGUUGCAGAUUUGUUAUGUCACUUGCUUUUGUAACGUGUACGCGUGGAUACUAAUAAAGUAUCAGUUCCAUUGUGACUUUCUAGUGGUUUUUACUCCUCCUAAGGCCUUGUCAACUUCUCUACCAUGUUUCGUGGUUAUUGUAUUAUUGAAGUCUGCAUUUCUUUUUUUUGUACUAACGAGUGGUAGGACAUUACCGGGAACAACAUUCUUUGUCUUAAAAUUCGAAGCCACUUUGCAGCAACUUUGCAGCGCAGAUCGUGAUUCGGGAAUUUUCUGCACCGCUGCAACAGCGCUGUUUAUCGCUGUCAAAGGGCUUUCCCUGCAGCGCGAAACAGCCAUUUUUUGCUACUGCUGCAGCCAGCCCUUUUGCAGCUCUUUUGUAGCGCUUCUUGAAGUCAUUCUGCAGCGCUGCAGCAGCGCUGCUCGUUUCGUACGGGUCAUUACACAACUCCAUUUGAUUAUUGAUAUGAUAAUCAUGUCUUUAUUGCAUGUUCAUGUAGUACAUCUAGCCAAGACAUCUACCUUUUUUUCUUUUGUAGCUUCUGGAGGUACUUGACUUAAAGGACAAGUACUUUCCGCAAUUUCAAGGAUGGCUUGAAGACGUUGUGCUACCGGUAUAUAAGAGAUUAAUGCAAGAAGCCGGUACAAGUGACAGUGUCGAGGGUAAUGGCCAAGAAAUGAUCUCGACAUUAACACAUCUCUUGGAACGUGUAGCAGAAGAUCCACGAAAGGUAAAAAAAUUAAUAAGUUUUGAUAAUAAAGCAGGGGUUUUUAAUUUAAAACAAAAACCAGGUUAGCCACAGAUGUGACCUUGACCUUUACACUUUGGUAAGAUGCAGUACUAUUAUUUUAAGUUAGCAAUAAUAAUGAAUUAAUGUACAUUGUAAUUUCCAGUUAAAUUUCCAACGAAGGUUAAAUUUUUUUUUGUGUUACAACAGACUGAGUACUGAAAUGAAUUUCAACAUGGUUUAAUUACAUGUGAUUGAAACAUUUGACAAAGAAAAUUUAGCAACCCUGCUUGAAUUAUUCUUGUUGUAGCAUUAUUGUACUUACUGUACAUACACAAACACUAUCACUGUUUUAAUAAUGAUUGAUUUUUCCCUUGAAACCAUUUGUUUUUACAGGCUUCUGGUUUCUUUGUACAACACGUUGUACCCAGAGCUUGUGGGUGCGGGGAUUGUGUUGCAUUUAAUGUGCCAGAAGCAUUGAGAUUCAUUGGACUACCUGGUGACGCGGCAGGUGCAAAGUUUCGUGCAUGGGUGAAGCAGUCCAAGAAUGGCUGCACCAACCGAAAAAUGAACCUGACUGUGGAAGCUGGACACACAAAAACAUUGACAUGCUGCCAUGUUAAGAAAAGUGUUUUUUCCAAUGAUUUGCUACAGAAAGUACAGAAAGGUCAGUUUUUUUUGUUAAUACGUGUACCUGUUGUAAUAGUGCUUUGC